CGCCGGGAACGCUGAGUUCGCCAGUCAGUGAGCGGACGCGGGGGGAAGAGGGAGGUAUUGUGGCACACGCGUGUCUACAUUUGUACAACACGGAGCUCGCAGCGACCAUCAUGUACGAGGAAAACGCGGCUCUGCACAGACCCCGCUAUGGAUCUAUUGUGGAUGAUGAAAGACUCUCAGCGGAGGAGAUGGAUGAGAGGAGGCAUCAGAAUAUUGCUUAUGAAUAUUUAUGCCAUCUAGAGGAGGCCAAACAAUGGAUGGAAGCCUGCCUACGUGAAGAAUUGCCCCCGACCACAGAGCUUGAGGAAGGGCUGAGAAAUGGAGUUUAUCUUGUUAAACUUGCUAAGUUUUUUGCCCCUAAAUUGGUGUCUGACAGAAAGAUCUAUGAUAUUGAACAAACAAGAUUCAAGCGUUCUGGAUUGCAUUAUCGGCAUACAGACAACACAGUGCAGUGGCUCAGGGCAAUGGAGUCCGUUGGAUUACCCAAGAUCUUUUAUCCUGAGACAACAGACGUUUACGAUCGAAAAAAUAUGCCCCGAGUGAUCUACUGCAUACAUGCACUCAGCUUGUACCUGUUCAAACUCGGGAUAGCACCUCAAAUCCAAGACUUGCUGGGAAAGGUGGAUUUUACAGAGGAGGAAAUAAGUAAUAUGCGCAAAGAACUGGAAAAAUAUGGAAUUCAGAUGCCUGCAUUCAGCAAGAUUGGUGGAAUUCUGGCAAAUGAACUUUCAGUAGAUGAAGCUGCAUUGCAUGCUGCAGUAAUUGCCAUCAAUGAAGCAAUAUCUCGCAGGGUUGCAGAGGAGACCAUGAAGGCUUUAGCCAACCCAAAUGCUGUCUUAAGUAAUUUAGAAAACAAUCUCGCCCAAGAUUAUCAAGAGAAAUUAUUUGAGGCCCAGCAAACGAAGCAAGAGGGUGCCAAAAGCAAGAGUGGUUCUAUCAAUGCAGAAGAGAGGGAUGUAUAUGAGGAACUACUGACCCGCAUGGAAAUUCAAGAUAAUGUCAAUAAAGUCAAUGUAAAUAAAGCUCUGCAGAGGGUGAAUGAUGCCCUGGAGAAACGGGAUGAGAAAGUUUUACUGUCUGGUCUACAGGACCCUUCAUUAAGCCUUGUAACCGUGUACGAGGAGCACGCACCAUGGUAUCUAUCAUGUCUUCAUGCUGAAAGACAACAGAAAUUACAGGAAGAGGGUUUUUCUGGUAUACUUAGCAAAAACGAUCUUCAAUCCGGUGUCACCUUUUCCAAUGACCAGGCCAGAGCCCAUAAACUAAAGCUUGAAGCUGUCGAAAAAAUAAAUUCUGCUAUUCGCAGUAACGAUGCAGAGCUGACAGUGAACGCACUAAUGCUGCCAGAGGCUCAGCUGCCAGCUGUGUACCCUCACAUGGCUGAGUUGUAUCAGGUGGAGUUGGCCAACCUGCAGCGGCAGAAUCCGGAGGGGAAGCUGAUGCAUGAAGAGCUGGCUAUUGCAGUGGAGAUGUUAUCAGCAGUGGCUAAGCUGAAUGAUGCACUGAACCUGAACGACAUUCAGGCUGCGAUACAGCACCUCACCAGCCCGUCUAUCGGAGUUAGCAACCUGCAAGAUGCAAACACCCAGCGGUAUGCAGACAUGCUGCUACUCCUGAAGGCACAAGUUGCAGACCAGGGACAGCAGUACUUGAGUUGGAAUGACAUUCAGGCCUGUAUUGAAGAAGUCAAUGCCCAAGUUAAGGACGAAAGUGAACGGACUAUUGCAGCUGGCCUUAUCAAUGACGCAGUAGAUAAAAAAGAUCCCAAGAAAACACUGGAAGCAUUAUUGGUGCCAACUGCCAAAUUACAGGAAGUGAAGCCCUCAAUUGCACAGCAUUACCAAGAUGUCUUGUGGGACACUAAGCAAGAGAAAUGCAAAAUAUGUCAAGAUGACACAGCAACAUUGUGUAUAGAUGAGUUACAGGAAGCAAUCUUUUCUGCAAACAAGGACACUGAGGAAGCCCAUUCCUUGGCCACUGCGAUAUCUGAGAUUAACUCGGCGGUUGAGAAGGGUGACCCACAGCUAUCGUUGGCUGCACUACAGUCUUCAAAAAUCAGUGCAAGAGAGGUUGUACCAGAAUGUUCAAAUACCUAUCAGAAUAAGCUCUUUGAAGCAAAGAAGCAGAAGUCUGGAGAUGGACCCAAUGAAAGUCUUUGGGUAAUGCACAAGAUAAAAGGCAUAUAUGAGUAUUACCACAACCUGGAAACAGCAGAAGGCACAUGGGAAAAACCCGAGCACUUUGUACAGAACAACACCCAGCUUAGUCGAGAAGAAAUUCAGGAUAUUACUGACCAAAUAACGACAGCCUAUCACCGUGAGCAGCUAUGGCUCGCUAACGAGGGCCAAGUCAUCCGUCUGCAGGCACAUGCAAGAGGCUACCUUGUAAGGAAAGCUUAUACUGAACGAAGGAACUACCUCCACAAACAGGAACCUUCAACCAUCCGGAUACAGUCAUCUUGGAAAGGAUAUAAACAGAGGAAAUCUUACAAGAACAGGUUAAGGAUCAUACAAGAUAAUAUUACUGCUAUUAUCAAGAUCCAGUCAAUGGUAAGGAUGUGGAAAGCAAGAAAGGCGUAUCGUGCACGAUGUCAGUACUUCAAAGAUCAUACACCAGAAAUCAUUAAGAUUCAAGCAUUCCUCAGAGCAAACAAAGCUAAAGAUGACUACAAAACAUUAAUCAAUGCCGGAGAGCCACCUCUGAAUGUUGUGAGGAAAUUCGUACACUUGCUGGAUCAGAGUGACCUGGAUUUUCAGGAGGAGUUGGAAGUCACAAGAUUAAGAGAGGAGGUUGUUACCAAAAUCCGGUCCAAUCAGCAACUCGAGAAGGACCUCAAUCUAAUGGACAUUAAGAUUGGUCUCCUAGUGAAAAACAGGAUCACAUUGCAGGAUGUUAUUUCUCACAGUAAGAAAAUGGACAAGAAGAACAAGGGCCAAGCUAUAGAAGUGAUUUCAGGUGACAAGCAAGGGCUAAAAUCACUUAGCAAAGAGAAGAGGAAGAAACUGGAAGCAUACCAACAUCUAUUUUACCUGCUGCAGACAAAUCCAGCCUAUUUGGCCAAAUUGAUCUUCCAGAUGCCUCAAAACAAGUCUACAAAAUUUAUGGACACUGUCAUUUUCACCUUGUACAACUAUGCCUCAAACCAAAGGGAAGAGUAUCUUCUGCUAAAGCUCUUCAAGACUGCAUUGGAAGAGGAGAUCAAGUCAAAAGUGGACCAAGUUCAAGAUAUUGUCACUGGAAACCCUACAGUGAUUAAAAUGGUGGUCACCUUUAACCGAGGUACACGAGGGCAGAAUGCACUCAGACAGCUGCUUGCUCCAGUGGUGAAGGAAAUUAUGGAAAACAAAACACUCACCAUAAAUACAAACCCAGUGGAGGUGUACAAGGCCUGGGUGAAUCAGAUGGAGAUGCAAACUGGUGAAGCUAGUAAACUGCCUUAUGAUGUAACAAGUGAGCAGGCCAUGUCACACGAAGAAGUGAAGACAAAGCUGGAAUCCUCCAUGCAGAACCUCCAAACGGUCACUGACAAGGUUCUCACAUCAAUAUGCACAUCCUUAGAUGCCAUUCCUUAUGGAAUGAGGUACAUAGCCAAAGUUCUGAAGAGCUCGCUUCAUGAGAAAUUUCCAGAUUCCACUGAGGAUGAACUGCUAAAGAUUGUGGGCAACCUCCUUUACUAUCGGUACAUGAACCCAGCCAUUGUUGCACCUGAUGGAUUCGACAUCAUAGACAUGACAGCCGGCGGCCAGCUCCACCCCGACCAACGGCGGAACUUGGGUUCGGUUGCCAAAGUGCUGCAGCAUGCCGCAUCGAACAAGCUGUUUGAAGGCGAAAAUGCGCAGUUGUCAGCGUUGAAUGCCUAUUUAUCAGAGACAUACCAGAAAUUCAGGAAGUUUUUCCAAGCAGCUUGUGAUGUGCCGGAACCCGAAGAGAAGUUUAAUAUUGAUGAAUACUCUGAUAUGGUGACAUUAAGCAAACCUGUUAUUUACAUCUCCAUUGAAGAAAUUAUAAACACUCAUUCGCUGCUGUUAGAGCAUCAGGAAGCUAUUUCACCAGAUCAUAAUGACCUGUUGCACGAGCUUCUGGAAGGGUUGGGAAGUGUACCUGAUAUUGAAACUUUGAUUGGGGAAGGAGCUGUUGACCCAAAUGACCCCAACAAAGAAAAUGUACUUUCUCAACUUGCCAAGACAGAAGUCUCACUCACCCUGACCGGCAAGGUUGAACUGCAAGGGGGGGAUGACACAGACAUGAAGAGUUUGAUGAUAAGGACCAAAUGGUUGAUUGUGGAUGUUAUCAGAGCCCAACCUGGAGAAACGUUAACUGAAAUACUAGAGACACCAGCCUCCUCACAGCAGGAAGAUAACUAUUUGAAAAUGAUAGAAAAACGUGCCCUGCUGGAUGCCAAAGUUCCUGAUAAAAUGAAACACAGUCAGAUUGAGAUGGAGGAUGUUCAACUCCCAAUUGAACAGAAAAAAAGGAAAAUUCAGAGAAACCUUCGGACGCUGGAAGAGGCUGGCUUGGUCUCAUCAACAAAUAAAUACCAAAAUCUAAUAAAUGAUAUUGCAAAGGACAUUCGAAAUCAGCGAAGGUACCGACAGCGUCGCAAGGCAGAACUUGUGAAAAUACAGCAGACAUUGAGUGCACUUAAUUCAAAGGCCAAGUUUUAUGAAGAACAGAAUAAUUAUUACAAUACCUAUAUUAAAACAUGCCUGGACAACCUAACAAGAAAGAAUGCUAGAAGAUCAAUAAAAUUAGAUGGCAAAGGGGAAGAGAAGGGCAACAAGAAAAUGAAACAGUCAACUUUGCACUACACUGCGGCUCGUUUGCAUGAGAAAGGAGUUAUUCUGGAAAUUGAAGGACUUCAGUCCAACCAAUUUAAGAAUGUCCACUUUGAUAUCACACCGAGUGAGGAAGUAGGUGAUUUUGAAAUCAAGGCCAAGUUCAUGGGAAUGGAGAUGGAGAAAGUGCAACUGCAUUUUCAGGACCUGCUGGAGUUGCAGUAUGAAGGCGUGGCAGUCAUGAAAAUGUUUGACAAGGCCAAAGUCAACGUAAAUCUGCUAGUUUUCCUGCUGAAUAAGAAAUUCUACGGGAAAUAAACCAUUCAUGCUGUAGCAGGUCUAACAGUCAAAUUUGUAUUAAAAUGUUAAGCCUGUCAUAGUUGGGGGGAAAAGUAUUGUCUUCACACUCAAUAGCAGGGUCAUAAAGGUAUUUAAGGCAGCAAUUGUUUUUAAGAAACACAUAUCACUAUUUUCUACAAUUGUACUCUCUGCAUAAGUAGUUGGUAUAUUUUGCAGUCAUGAACCUAGAUUUCUAAUUUUACAAAGUUGAAGCAGAAAAAUGUGAGGAAAUGCCUGCAUUUGGAUCGUUUGCUGUUGAGUUACUUUCUUUCAUUUAGCACUUGUGCUUCAUUGGAUUUUUAAAAGGUAAUGAACAGAGUAACCCCAGUUUGAAAUACUUCAAGCCAUAAACUUGCUUUAACAAUGAGGUGCAAUGCUGAUUUUCCUUUGGAGAAUCUAUUAUAUCCCUUGGUGAUUGCACCACAGCAGCCAAUUUUCCAAACUCUUGAGCUAUGUGCAAUUUUGAUAUUAGAUACACUGCCACUCAAAUUGCUGAUCGCACGUUCUGAGCUUCACAUACUGCAAAGGAAAUAAAGGAAGAGGAUUAUUAUUAGAGCAGUGAAAGUCAGGAAUUUAAACGAUGAGGCCACUUUUGUAUUUUAUUAGCUAAUUGGCCGUUACCUGUAAUUUGGACUGUUGCUUAAUCAAGGGAAAGAAGAAGGUUUAAAAGAACCUACAUUUGGAAAAAAAACCCUACAAGAUGUUUUGACAUUUUGAUCAAGUACAAAAGUUACUACAUAAUUGAGCUUCUCUGAUGAAUACCUUUGGUUGCUUCCAGUGCAGUCCAAGGUCAAAAAAUCUUUUAAGGUGAUUCUUAUUUGUACCUGCGUCAUAUUGAAGAGAACUAUCUUUAAUGCAGGUUUAAUCUCCAUAGGAUGUAAAAUGUAACAGCACUGAGAAUGUUUUACACUGAUUUUAUUUUUGAUGAAUUUGAUUCCAGCAGUGCUUUUUUUUGUUGAUAAUGCCUUUAAAUUGUAUAAUUAUGUUCAUAUCUGUAUCAUAAUUCUGAAAGCCAGUGUAAGUGAUAUUUAAUUUCUGGAUUAUCUUUGUUUUUAAAACACAAGACUUCAUUAUAAAUAAUCGAGCUCUGGAAAACGAUCUGAUGUAAUAACUCAGGUGCUUGUUGAUGCUAAGUAUAAUGGUUACAUAGGAAGAAAGCAAUUUAUAUUAUACUACAGUAAGUACUAUUUCAACCAAAUAAGACACUGCCUUGUAUACCUAUUAAAUAUCUGCCCCCCCCAACAAAUCACACUGCAGCAUGAUGUCUGACCAGUUAUUAAUUCAAUACAUGCUUUGCAACUCAAAUUCCAUGUGACUUUCAAAAGUAUUUAAACUGGGGGUUACUGAAUGCUCCCAUUUAACAUACGCUUUCACUUUGUGAAUUAUCUUUUGAAUUUUCAAUAAUAAAGAUCAAAUUCAUCAACAGAUCAAAUGUUAUAAUUUUGAAUACUUAUUUUCUAAUUUGACAGAUUAAUUUUCAAUGGACAGGGAAAGUUAGCUUAAACUGGUAUAAUAGAGGAAAGCUGGAAGUGGAAAUAUUAAAACUGUAAUCACCAUAAUCCUUAAUUCUUGAUUUUCAAUUGAUCUUAAUUUUCUGGAAUCCUAUAAUUGUGUUAAAUUUUGAAAUAAAGAUGAUAGAGUAAUAUGGCUUUGAUUUCUGUCCUGGGGCACUGACCAAAGCUUCAAGCAGAAAUAGUACAUAUUGCUUAUUUAGUUUAAAGAAUAACUAAAUUUAAUCAUUUAUUUAAAUAGUUGGCUUUAAAUGCAGUGUACAAUUUCAAUUAUGAAAACAUUCCAUUUAAGAUAUUCAAUGUAAAAAGAUAAAAUAUUAUAUGAUUUAUACAUUACAAGAUAAUAAAUAUGCACUACUGCCUUAAUGGCCAAAAAUAUAUUUGAAGCCAAUAUGUACUACCUGUAGUGUGGUAACAAAGUAAUAAUUUGGCUCUAGUAAUUGAUAUAUGUAUGUGUCCUGUCAGUUCACACUGAUUUUUGUGCCUUUUGUACGUAAAUUGAUGUGUCCUCAUCCUGUUAGCUAUUUAUAGCUGUUCCUUUUAAAACCAAACUGUUGGAAUUAUGCUUGACAACAUUUUUUUUUACAAUGAUUGUCUACUUUUUGUCAAAUGAUGUAAAAUAAAUAAAUCUUUCUA